UCAUGGGUAUUCAUCGACACCGAAAACACGACUUGCAUUCGAAGGAGUAUGAUCUUGCCACAGAGAGCUAGGUAGUGGAGAAGGCCGAGAAGCCUGCUGCAUUGGGAAAUUGACUCCACAUCAUGUAACUCUGGCUGCCAUUAUGAGGUUCCCAAAGCUAGCUUUCAUCUUUAUGUUUGUGGGCUGCCUGGUGGUCUACCUCACCUACGUCAAACGUCAUUAUGAUGACUCCAAACCACCAGUAUCUGACCAGCUGCCCCAGCAUAGGAUGGAUACCCAUAAACAGUCGACCUCAGCUCAGGUGGUCAGUGAAAAUUUCCAGUAUGGUAUUAUGCUUGAUGCUGGGAGCACUGGAACCCGGAUUCACAUUUUCAAAUUUCAGAUCGAGCCAAAUGAAGCUGCUAAAUUAGCCCAUGAGACUUUUAGAGCUAUAAAACCUGGACUGUCUGCAUAUGCUGAUGACCCAGAAAAGAGUAAGGAGGGACUUUUGGAACUGUUAAAAGUUGCUAAAGACACUGUUCCUGACAGAUUAUGGAGUUCUUCCCCUCUCAUGCUCAGAGCCACGGCAGGGCUCAGACUGCUGCCUGGUGAGAAGGCCACAAUUCUGCUGGACAAGGUGAGGGAGGUGUUUAGCGAAUCCUUGUUCCUGUAUAGACCAGACAGUGUGUCAAUCAUGGAUGGCACAGAUGAAGGUACUGUGUCAGUUACUCCUUUCCCAUAUGUUAAUAAUGUCAGGUUCGUAAUAAAAAGUGUAUUUAUUUUCAAAUUGUAAUAGAUUAUAACUUAUAAAUUGUAAUAGAUUGCAACUUUUAAGCACUGGCUGCCAUAUCUGCUCUGAUUGAAUUCUGAAAGGAGUAAUCUAUUCCACUUGUCACUUUUUAGCAUGUAAUGCAUUUAACAA